AUGGGCACAGAGCAGGAGACCAAGCAAACAAGCGGAGAAGAUGACGAUGGAUCUCAAGAGGACACGGCCAGCAUUGCAGAUGUGUCAGUGGAGGUGUCCACCGUGGACCACACUCUGCAGAAGCUGCGGAGGAUGUACCGGAAAACCAGACGGAAGCCCAAAGGCCUGAAGAGGCUGUGGGCCUAUCUGCUGAACGUCCCGCACAUUGCUGUCAUUGUAACUGCAGUAGUGUUUGUGGUGGUGACUAUCAUGUGGUCCCUGCUCUGGGUUUUUAUUUUCCGCAGGGAAAGUGUCAACGGAGCCUAUUUUGCUGGGAUGUUCCGGGUUGCAAAUGUGGAGUUUAUCCCUGAGUACCGUCAGACAGAGUCCCACGAGUUUGCGUCCAUGGCAACCAAAAUACAAGUUGUGGUGAGCAAUGUGUACAAGAUGUCAUCAGUGGCAAGACUUUACAAGCAGGCUGUCAUAUCAGACCUCAGUAACAACGACCAAGGUGGAGUGCUGGUCCAUUUCUGGAUGGUGUUUAUAGUGCCCCAAUUAAAGAGCACAGCCAUGUGUGAGGAAUGUUUAGAGGCAAUUCUCAGAGACUCGGUCCACACCAGUCUCAAGAACCGGUCCUCUGUGGGAUAUCUGAUGGGGCUCCCUGUUGACAUAGACUCCAUCCUCAUCAAUGGUGUUGACCGCUCAGAUUAUACAUCCAACACAGCAGACUCUCAGUGUGUAGAUAAAUUAUAUGCCAACCUUCCUGGAGCCAGUGUCCCCCUGAAUGUCUACUCGCCGUGGGGGGGUGUGAACUGCCAUGUGAAGCUCACCUCCGUACCGGGCUCUCUGAUCCGCCUGACUGUGACCUCCUUUGUAAUUGAGCCCACCGACUGUGUGAACGACGCCCUGACUGUGUAUGACGCUCUGCUGCCCAUGAGAGGGCGCAUCCUGCACAGGCUGUGUGAGUUGGUGUCCACUUCUUUCUCUAUUGUCUCAACCUCCAAUGUCAUGCUGUUGACCUUGAGGAUGACACAUGGUGACAAAAGCUUCAAAGGUCACUUUGAGGCCAUCGCUGAGGAAAAAUGUUUUUCUCACAUUGAGACCCAGCUGGGGCCUGACAGCAACAGUCAGAUCUACAGCCCCUUCUACCCCAGCCUGCUGCCCCCACAGUGUUCAUGCAUCUGGAAAUUUGAGGCCCCAAACCCAAGUUUAGGAGUUGCGUUGCAGUUCCAGAACUAUGAACUGAAACCGAAAGAGAUGAAGGGCUGUGACAGCGGCUGGUGGAAGGUCAAUGAACUCAUUUUCUGCGGCAGCUAUGUGGGACAUCAGACGGUGUUUCGGAUUCCUGACCACCACCUGGAGAUGGAGUUUCGUUGCAGCUCUCGCACCUCCACUCUGCCUUUUCAGGCGUUCUACAGCAGUUACAAUAUCAGCCAGCCCUGCCCAGACAGCCACUUCCUGUGUACCACUGGGCUGUGUGUGGAAAAAACUCUGCUCUGUGACGGACUGGAUGACUGCGAGGAUGAGAGCGACGAGGUCUUCUGCUCGAGCUCAGCGAUGAAUUGCGGUGCAAACCAUCCUCCACACCCUAUGUUUGUGUGCAACGGAGAACGAGACUGCAGGGAUGGAUCGGAUGAGGUGAACUGCACUGUGGAAACAACCUGCUCUGAGAUCAGGUUUCAGUGCAAAAGUGGAUCCUGCAUUUUGAAAAAGAAUGCAAAGUGUGAUAAUGUUCCUGAUUGUCAGGACUACAGUGAUGAAGCAGAUUGCGGUUGCGGUCGUCCCUCCCCACUAAAGAAGGUGAAUUCAUCUUUAGGCUUUGGCCGUAUUGUGGGCGGAGUUAACGCGGUGGAAGGGGAGUGGCCUUGGCAGGUCAGCCUUCACUUUGCUGGCAACAUGUACUGUGGCGCCUCUGUGAUCUCUUCCAAUUGGCUCAUUUCAGCCGCUCACUGCUUCAGCAAAGACAGAUUAUCUGACCCUCGAUACUGGAACGCCCAUCUCGGCAUGGUGACCCAGGGCAGUGCCAGCUAUGUGGCAGAGAUCCAGCGGAUUGUGCUGCACGAGUACUACAACUCAAACACUUUUGACUAUGACAUUGCCCUGCUGCAGCUGAAAAAGCCCUGGCCUCCCUCCCUGAGCCCGCUGGUCCAGCCUGUGUGCGUAGCCCCCUCAUCCCACACAGUGACUGACAGCCACCACUGCAUGGUUACAGGGUGGGGAUACAGAUCUGAAGAUGAUAAGGUGCUGCCCUCUGUGCUGCAGAAAGCAGAUGUGUCCAUUAUGAGUCAGACUGAGUGUAAAAAGACCUACGGCCUCAUCUCCCCACGCAUGCUUUGUGCCGGGGUCCCUUCAGGAGAGCGGGAUGCUUGCAGGGGGGAUUCGGGAGGACCUUUGUCCUGUCAGGCGCCAGGUGGGGGUCGCUGGUUCCUGAUCGGGAUUGUCAGCUGGGGGUCUGGCUGUGGCAGACCAAAUUUACCAGGGGUUUAUACACGGGUCAACAAGUUCACAUCUUGGAUCUACAGUCAUAUCAGCUGACAUGAAAUGGAUCAGUUUACUCAUCUCUAAUAAAAACAUUAUAAGCCUG